UCUCAUAAUAAUCUGAAUCUGAUAAUGGAGGGUUCCUUAGGAUUCCUUUUCCUGGUUUUUCUAAUUAUUCCUCUUCCUAAUUUCUUCAUUUUCUGCACCGGACACUCUCACUCUCAGCUUCGUUGCAUUGAUACCGAGCGACACGCCCUUCUCACCUUCAAGCAAGACCUUAUCGAUCCAUUAAAUCGACUCUCCUCUUGGACUGUUGAUGGGGAUUGCUGUCACUGGCUUGGUGUUGUCUGCCACAAGCUCACUGCUCACGUCCAUCAACUCAAUCUUUCAACCUUUUAUCCGGGUGAUUAUGCAACUAUAGAACAAAUGGAUGCCUAUUCGCAGUCAAAGUUUGGUGGUAAGCUAAAUCCUUCUCUGCUUGAUUUGAAGCAUUUGAAUUACUUUGACCUUAGCUUCAAUAAUUUCUUUGCUUCUCCUAUUCCCUCAUUUCUCGGUUCAAUGAAGAGUUUAACAUCUCUUAAUCUCUCUCAUGCGAGAUUUGUGGGACUCAUUCCUCAUCAACUUGGAAAUCUCUCCAAUUUGCACUAUCUCAAUCUCGAUCAAGGUUAUAGUUCUGCUGGUUUAUAUGUGAAUAACCUUGAAUGGCUUUCCGGUCUUCCUUUGCUACAACAUCUCGAUAUGAGUUAUGUUAAUCUUAGCAAAGCCUCUGAUUGGCUACAACUCACAAACACACUCCCUUCCUUGUUUGACUUGAGGUUGUCAUAUUGCCAACUCUCUUUCAUUCCACCGACACCCAGUGUUAACUUUUCAUCUCUCCUCACCCUCGAUCUUUCAAUGAACCAAUUUGAAAACACUUUGAUCCUAUCUUGGAUCUUUGGUCUUCGUAAUCUUGUUUCUCUUGAUCUAUCUUACAAUAACUUUCAAAGUCCAAUCCCUAUUGAUCUCCACAACAUGACUUCUCUUAGGCACCUCGACCUAUCUGGAAACUAUUUCAACCAUACAAUUCCCAAUUGGUUAUAUAGUUUUAGUCGUCUUGAGUUUCUCAACCUUCGCAACAGUAAUUUGCAGGGUACAAUCUCCAGUGCCAUUGGAAACCUAACAUUUGCCAUUAGUAUUGACUUGUCAAAAAAUGAACUUGGAGGAAAGUUGCCAAGAUCAUUGGGUAAUCUCUGUAACUUAAGGGAAAUCAGAUUGUCAAACAACAAAUGGAGUCAAGAGAUAUCUGAAAUCUUAGAAAGUUUAUCAGGGUGUCUUUCAGAUAGACUAGAGAUCUUAGACUUAAGUUUUUCUCAACUUCAUGGUCAUUUGCCGGAUGAACUUGGGCUAUUUAAAAAUCUAGUC